AUGAGAAGAAAACUCGAUACGGUCGGUUGGCUGCUCGACGAUAUGCAUCCUCGAACCUCGUCGCUGCUUUUUUUGCUGCUGUUGCUCCUUGUGGCGGCGGAAAUUCCUGCGCCGGCCGUGGCGACGGCGUCAAAAGUGACAACCGAGGAUGAGACGGAGCAGGGAAUUAGCGAUGGGGAAAAGGACGAGUCGUGGACCGAGUGGGCCAAGGAAAAGAUCACCGGAGGACUUGGUCUCAGUAAACACCACCACGAAGGCCAUGAGGAGGAGAGAGACACUUCGAAGAAAGCCGAAGAGGCCGCGGAGAAGGCUCGGGAGGCAGCCAGAGAGACGGCCUACGAGAAGGCAAAGAAAGCUGGGGAAGCAGCUAAGAAGACUUCAGACGUGAUUAAAGAAGGCGUCUCGGAAGCUGGAAGUCGCACAGCAGAGAAGGUUGCGAAGUUCAGGGAGGCCGCCAAGGAAACUUCUGAGGAGCUUGCAGGCAAGGUGAAAGAGAAGGCGUCGACUGCGAAGGAACCUGCCGAAGAGCUCGCAGGUAAGGAAAAAGAGAAGGACAAAGAGGCCACAGAGAGUGCGGCUGAGAAGGCAAAAGAGACAACGGAGGCCGCCGGGGGUAAGGCCAAGGAUAAAGCCGGGAGGGCGAAGGAAUCAACCGAAGAGACCACCGAGGCUGCCAGAAAGAAAGCCCGAGAGAAGGCGGAGCCGGCGAAGGAAGCGAUGGAGUUGGCUAAGGAGAAGUUGACGUCGGUGAAGGAGAACGUCGCCGGUGGAUCAGGCCCACGGCGAGAGGAGGAGCUGUGA